UCAACGAAUCCGAUUAGUUUGUAGUUAACUUGAAUGCAACAAUUCAGCAAAAUUACAGAAAACCGACGUGUUUCAUCAAUUCCCUUCUUUCUUCUUUCUCUGGGCGAUUACGUAUACUUACAGACGAAGCAAAAAAAAUAAAUAAAUUAGGGUUCCAGUUUCUCAAAGACAAGAUCAGUGUUUGUACAUCUUGACGUGUCGGAGUCACACCUGAGUCAUGAGUCAAAGAGGGUUGAUAUAUAGUUUUGUUGCGAAGGGGACUGUUGUUCUGGCAGAGCAUACAUCAUUUUCUGGUAACUUUAGUACCAUUGCAGUCCAAUGCCUACAGAAGCUUCCCACUAACAGUAACAAGCAUACUUACUCGUGUGAUGGUCAUACAUUCAACUUCCUUAAUGACAAUGGAUUAGUUUUUCUUGUUGUUGCGGAUGAAGCAACUGGAAGGAGUAUACCCUUUGUGUUUCUUGAGCGAGUGAAGGACGAUUUUAAGCAGCGAUAUGCAGCAAUAAUUGGUAAUGGGGGGCCGCACCCUCUUGCUGAUGAUGAUGAUGAAGAUUUGUUUGAAGAUCCUUUGAGCAUUGCGUAUAAUCUUGAUAGGGAGUUCGGACCAAGGCUCAAGGAGCACAUGCAGUAUUGCAUGAACCAUCCGGAGGAAAUCAGUAAGCUUUCCAAACUGAAGGCACAAAUGUCUGAAGUCAAAGGAAUAAUGAUGGAUAAUAUAGAGAAGGUUCUGGAUCGCGGAGAGAAGAUUGAGCUUCUUGUUGAUAAAACUGAAAACCUACAGUUUCAGGCGGACAGCUUCCAGAGGCAGGGCAGGCAGCUCCGACGGAAGAUGUGGCUACAGAACUUCCAAAUGAAGCUGAUGGUAGGAGGGGGAAUCAUUGCCCUUAUCAUUAUUUUGUGGUUGAUGGUUUGCAAAGGAUUCAAGUGCUGAUGUUUAAGUUCGUGAAAUCCAGAUAUAGCUUGAUUAAUAUUUCUAUUUUCUUGUUUCAUGUAAAAAGAAAAAUAAAAUAGUUGUAGUACAAGAUUGUCGUUUAGUCGAUGUAAAUGGAGUUUGGUGCUGAUAUAUGUUGUGUGAAUCCUCAUUCCAGCUUUUCCAACUAUUCUAUUUGUCAUCCUUCCA